AUGAGCCAAAACAGAAGAAUAAAGAAUGUAUCGAUAUCGGUGCCCAUCUUGUACGGCAACAAUGCCGUCAAGUUGGCGGAUGAAAAGAGAACUGCCCUCACGCCCCCUGACCACACGCACGAGUGGACCGUGUUCUUAAAACCAGUGUUAGAUGACAUAGACCUCACACCUUUGAUCAAGCGAGUCACCUUCAAACUACAUGAAACCUAUGACAAUCCUGUGCGGUCAAUCGAGCACCCGCCCUACCAGGUCACCGAGACUGGCUGGGGAGAGUUUGAGAUCAUCAUCAAGAUCCAUUUCCACACUGGCAGCGAGUUGGGCAUCAAUGAGAAGAACUUUCAAAUUUUCCACGGAUUAAAGUUACACCCUUUCAAUCCCAAAAUCCCCCCCAAAGAAAACGGAGAAAUCAACUCGGUGCUAUAUGACGAGUUGGUGUUCCAGGAGCCGACCGAGUCGACAUUUGAGAUCUUGACCCGCAAACCGGCAAACUACUUACCACAAAAGAUAUCUGAUGAAGACAAGAAGGACCAGGAGUUUUGCCGGCAAGACGAACAGGAUGAGUUGGCCCGGUUAGACGCCCAGAUCUACCGAAUCAAGCACGAAAUCGAAAACCAGAGAAAUCGGUACAAGGAGUUGGAGCAAGAAAAAAUCGCUCUAUUACAGUAG